UAUAACCCCCUCAUUACACUAGGUUGGAUAACCAAUAUGGAUAUUCAACUAUAUACUAAUAUAAAUACUAUAUUUAAUUACAUAGCUAAAUACAUCUCGGAGGCCGAAAAGCGAAUAAAGUUUUACAAUGAGAUUACAAUAAAAAUUAUCCCUCAAAUUACAGCCAGAAAUCCAAUUAAACAAUUUACUAUAAAGUUUAUAAAUAAAUUUAUUAUUAAAAGGGAUUGGUCUACCUAA